CUGCGCGAAUCCAUGAAAGCGAUUUGCGAGGACGCACGCACGUACCGACUUCUGCAACGCGUGGACCCUCCUCCAUCUUAGCUACUACGGCCCGAAUUCAGACGAAAAGCGCUUACCCUUUUGGCUUCUCUUCCUUCUUGGCUAAGGAAACAAGUUUUCCCGCAUUUAUAUUCAACGUCUACCUCUGUGUCUCUUCAGUCUCUCUCUCUGUGUGUGUGCCUUCCGAGACCCAGAUGAUGGAGGAACCGCUGCUCUCAGAGAUAAGGAGCGAAAAUGGGGAGAAGGAAAGCGACAAGUGGCGCUCGUACCAGUACCUGGGGAGGACCGGCUCCGUGAUCCCCACCACCGCGUCUCUGGCCGGCACCGAAGUCAGCGUCGACGAGAUUCGGUCCGCCGCCGCCGCCUCCGAACGCUACCCGCCCUCGAUUCACGCCGCCCUCGUCUCCUCGCCCGAGCCCGAUCCCGGCGAGCAAGCAAUUGUAUAUCAAGGUGGAUAUGGAGAGGACUAUGGCGGAACCACCAGUGAAUUUCAGAGGCAAAUACUGGAUGAAGUAGAGAUACGGGAGUUGCUUAUUGAUCAUGUUGGUCAUCGCUGCUGUUGGGGAAGUCGUCCUGCUCGUACUUGGAAAAUUCGCGCAGUUGAAGAUUGCAAUGUUUACGUGGGAACUUUAGAUACCUUUUUAGAGGAGAGAGAAAUUAUAAGAGAAACAGAACCCCACCGUGGUGGCAACAUCGACGGAAAGGAUAAGGGUCCUGAACUGGGAAUUUGGGAAUUGGAUCUGAGGUCUCAAUUUCCUGUCCUAUUUGUUCCCUACAAGGAGACACGGACAAAAGUUCCUCAUUCUGAGACUAUAGAGAAAUGCUCAGGUUGUGGUGGACGGGGAGAUCGAGUGUGUCCCACUUGCAAUGCAGAUCAGGAACAUGGAUUUUAUAAAGAAAAUCAGAUGACGCCAUGCCCUGGUUGUCAUGGAAGGGGUUUAAUUGCCCAUAGAGAUGGAUCUGAUUCCAUAUGUGCCAAAUGCACUGGCAAGGGGAAGAUUCCUUGCGCAACUUGUGGAUCUCGUGGACUUAUUCAAUGCGAAACAUGUCUCGGAAGUGGGUCUCUUCUCUCACGAGGUGUUGCUGUUGUCAAAUGGAAGACUCUGUCAACCCGAAAAGUGAGUGCAACAAGUGGAGCCGCUUCGGUUCCAGACGAAGUUUUCCACAGAGCAAGAGGGGUCCAGUUGUGCAACACUCAAGCAUAUCAGUGCACUCCAGCUUUCUUUGCGGACUCGUUCUUCCUCAAUAAGUUCUCUUCCGAAGUCAUCUCCGAUAGGGCUUCUGUGCCUCCAACUGCAAGGGUGAUAUGCGAGAGGCACGCGAUCUCGGUCGUGCCAGUGACGCGCGUGACCAUGACGCAUCGUAAGAGGGCCUUCAGCUUCUACAUCAUCGGAUAUAGCAGGGAGGUUUAUUUGAAGGACUACUAUCCUGCUCAAUUUUGCUGGGGACUCUGUCCUUGCUUGGAGUGGUUGAAGUUAUAAGCGUGAAGGUCUCCAUAUUUUACGAACUUGUGUAUUGUACAUGCCGAAUAAGGUCUUUAGCAAGUUUGACAUCGUUGAGAGAGACUGCUACAUGUUGGCUUCCUUCGUUUUGUCCUUGUGGUGCUUUGGGUUGGUCGAGGCUUUUGAGGCGUACAUUUUGUGUGAUGUCUGUGUGUUUCAUCAUGCGGUAAUGUCAUUGAAUAUUGAGUUUCUUGCUUUUACAAAUUCUGGGUUGGAGUUGUUCCUUUAUUUUGCUUAUGCAUAUAGAACAUGUGGGUGCGAACACAAAAAUAGGAACUUCCACGUGGGGUUGGCAUGUUGGAGUAAAGAUUACUAUCAUGUUUCUGAUGUUAAUGAAGUUGUCAUGUUCGUGAGCUAA